AUGCCUGUCAAACCUGGUGUUGCGUCAAAAGGCGGUAAGAAAGCUGGCAAGAAAGCUGGAGUUGGUGGUGACAAGAAGCGUCGAAGCAAACGUAAAGAAAGCUAUGCUAUUUACAUCUACAAAGUUCUGAAGCAAGUCCACCCCGAUACUGGUAUCUCCAGCAAGGCUAUGGGCAUCAUGAACUCAUUCGUCAACGAUAUCUUCGAGCGAAUUGCUGGUGAAGCUUCUCGUUUGGCUCACUACAACAAGAAAUCGACCAUCUCUUCUCGGGAAAUCCAAACCGCUGUUCGUCUACUCUUGCCUGGAGAAUUGGCCAAGCACGCUGUCAGCGAAGGAACGAAAGCCGUGACCAAGUACACAAGCAGCAAGUAA